UCGGAGUUUUCUUUCACUUCCUCUGAUAAUUCCAGCAAAUCCCGAGAAAAUCAUAUAAUACCGUUUUUUUUUUUGGCAAACUCAUAUAAUACAGCUAUUUUCUUUUAUCUCCAUCCUCCUAUAUCUACUUGUCACCCACAUAUUAUUUUGCACUUUCUCCUCUCCUAGGAUCUUCAUGAUUUGAUUUGCAACAUUACCAGAAUCAAUGAUGAGCGACCUAUAUGGGUCAAUCUUCACUAGAUUCUGUUUUCUCUGAGAAAUCAUCUUUCUCUGAGACGUUUAUCUCGCUUACAAUCUGAAGAUCCCCAUAUCGUUCUUUCUCUUUUACGUGUCGUGUGUUUUCGGUAUGACUCGUCGUCACGUGAUAUUGAUAUCUGAAGAAAGAAGCUCUCCGCCCAUGACAACGAAGAUGAGCAAACACGCGGAGAGGAGGAAGGUGGGAGAAGUAGCGGGAGGAGCGGCGGCAGAGUGCGCGGCGGUGUGCUGCUGCUGCCCUUGCGCUGUGGUUAAUUUGGUUGUUUUGGCUGUUUACAAGGUUCCCGCGGCUGUUUGUAAGAAAGCGUGGAAACGUAGCAAACGUCGACGUUUUAUGAUGAAACGACAUGGUUUGCUUGCAUCAUCAGCGGCGAAAGGGAGAGAGAGCACCGUGCAUGCAAGAUUGAAGGAAGAAGAUCUAACGGCUGAGAUUGUUGUUAUUGAGAAAAACGAAGCGAAUUGCGAACUAAACGAUGUUAUCAUGCUUGAGGAUGAAAUGUUGGAACAUUUUUAUGGGGCAGGUUUUUGGAGAAGCCCCUCGCAGAGGGAUACGGAGUCAUCGGGAAAAUUUUAAAUUCUGUGAAGUUUGUGAGAAUAUAGUAGUAUUUAAUUUAAUAUAUACAGUAUUUGACUUUGAUAAUUAUGUGGCUAUGUGAAUAGAACCAAAAAAACAUA